AGCAAAUAGUGUUCCAGGCAAAAGUAAUCGUUCUGGAGUGGCGGUGCAUCCUAAGCAUAUGAGUAGAUCACAGAGCAUUCACUUAAACAAAAAUGGCGGGUGACAAGGAUCCUUUCAAGCAGAUGAAGGAUCUCAACCAGCUUAAGAAUCAACUGGAAGAUAUCCAGAAACGUGUGGAGACCGAAUUUGCAGCAGGAAUUCCACAGGGGGGCUCUGUGCUGGCAUCUCCCUUUUUGAAGGGGUUCCUGGCUGGGUACGUGGUGGCCAAGCUCCGCUCCUCAGCUAUCUUAGGAGUGCUACUAGGAACAUUCACAGGCAUCUAUGCUGCACAGAACUAUCAGGUGCCCAACAUUGAAAGCACUCUGAAGGACUAUAUGAGUUUGUUUAGAAAAGGACCAAAGUAAUGGGAAGAACCAGGCCUAGGCUUUAUCUUCUACCUGCCUAAGGUUAAGGACACAACCACCACUUCUGUAGAGGCUCAAACCUCUAUUGUGUAUACAGCACAAAGAAAAUGUGGAUUUAACUGGAUUUUGAAGUGUCCGUUGAGGUGUCCAGUGUGAAAGCCUCGGUUUGUUUUGGGUUUUGUUUAAAGGUUAAAGGGUAAAUCUACAUUCAGUGCCCCGGGAACAUCUGCUAUUCUCUCUGCUGAUCACUGUGGUUCAGAUUAUAAAGUGUGUAAAAGGUGAUGAGGUUCUGUACUUUGAGUGUGAGGUUACAUUGCAGGGAUAUUUGACUGCUUGCCUUAGUAAAGUUGCCUAGUACAGCAGCCAUCUAAUUGAUUUUGAAUCAAGGACGUUAACAGCAAGACUGUGGUGGUUUCAUGUUUUGUCAUCACAAAUAACUUAUCAGCUUAGAAUAUGAACAUAUCUUGAGAAUAUUCCGUUGUGGUUGAAUAGAUUUAGCCUAAUUUAGGGGAUUUCAAAAAUAUAUAUUUUUGUUGCCCAUUUAGAGGGUGUUUGUAUUUGUACUUUUAUUCGCAGGGUGUUAAUAACAUGCAGUAUUGA